CAGGUGGAGAAGGCCAACACCGAGAAAGCGAGGCUGGAGGGUAACAUCAAGAAGCUCGAGGGCGAUGCUGCGCAGAUUGCCGAUCAGCGCAAGAUGAUCGGCAAGGAGGUGAUGAGGCUGACCGGUGCGCUGGUCGACGUGAACACCACCAACGAGCAGUACACCGCGACGCUGAAGCAGCUGACCGACGAGACGAACAGCCUGCUCAACCAGGUGCAGAUGCUGUCGAUGAGCAAGAACGACCUGCUGUCCCGGGUCGCCAUGUUCCGGAAGGAGAGCGACAAGCUGGUGAAGACCGUCAUCAUGAUGAACGAGAAGAACCAGGAGCUCACGGAGUGCGUCAUCCUGACCGAGUCCGAGACCGAGAAGCUGACGGCGGACCUGAAGAACGCGGUGUUGAAGCAGAAGGAGUUGCAGCAGAAGUUGGACACGCGCGUGGGUAAGCUCAAGGCGGAGCAGG